GAGAGAGGUGGGAGCUAGUUGGAUAGUGGAUUUCAGUAUUUUUGUAAGCAUCAAGGCAACCCAGCGUAAGUGCUCACAGCCAAGUUGGCUUGUGUUUCAGAGAGAGAGAGAGAGAGAGAGAGAGAGAGAGAGAGAGAGAGAGAGAGAGUCUUUACCUACAAUUCCGGAACUUUAACCCCGAGAGCCUUGCUCAGAAAGGACUUGGACCAUUCUUGGCUGCGCCCAGCCUCUCCGCUUUGCUUCUCCCCCGGGGUGCAAGGGGGAGCGGGGCCCUGGGAUUCCGAGGUUGCCUGUGCUCCGGGGCAGAGUCGGGUGCUCCUCGGAGCUGUCUGGCGCCUGCCAACUUGACCGUGCUCCGAGAGCGCGAGCGGCGAGCGGAGGAGGUGUGCGCUGGAGGUAGGCAGUCGCGCGGCGGCUGCAGCGGUGGGGACUCCCGCGCAGGCAGCGGUAGCUGCUAGCCGGGGCGAGCAGCUCCCUGCGUAAACCCCGGAGCCACCAUGCCUGCGCCCCCGCCUCGCCGCCCACUGCCCUGCUAGGAGCCAGAGGGGACGUGGUGAAUGCAGCGGCUUCGCGGAGCGAGAGCAGAACCUUGUGCGGGCACAGGGCCCCCGGCGCACCAUGGCCGACGCAGAUGAGGCCUUUGGCCUGGCUCACACGCCCCUGGAGCCUGACUCUAAAGAUCUACCUUGCGAUGCCAAACCCGAGGGUGCAUUGGGGACCCCCAGCAAGUCCCCGUCGUCCCCGCAGGCCGCCUUCACCCAGCAGGGUAUGGAAGGAAUCAAGGUGUUUCUGCACGAGAGAGAGUUGUGGCUGAAAUUCCACGAAGUGGGUACGGAAAUGAUCAUAACCAAGGCGGGAAGGCGAAUGUUCCCCAGUUACAAAGUGAAGGUAACUGGCCUCAAUCCCAAAACGAAAUACAUUCUCCUCAUGGACAUUGUCCCUGCCGACGACCACAGAUACAAGUUCGCCGAUAACAAAUGGUCUGUGACCGGCAAAGCGGAGCCCGCCAUGCCAGGCCGCCUGUACGUGCACCCAGACUCGCCGGCCACUGGGGCACACUGGAUGCGGCAGCUCGUGUCCUUCCAGAAGCUGAAGCUCACCAACAACCACCUGGACCCCUUUGGACACAUUAUUCUAAACUCCAUGCACAAAUACCAGCCCAGAUUACACAUCGUGAAGGCGGACGAAAAUAAUGGAUUUGGCUCGAAAAACACGGCGUUCUGCACCCAUGUCUUUCCAGAGACAGCCUUUAUCGCCGUGACUUCCUAUCAGAACCACAAGAUCACGCAAUUAAAGAUCGAGAAUAAUCCCUUCGCCAAAGGCUUCCGGGGCAGUGACGACAUGGAGCUGCACAGGAUGUCCAGGAUGCAAAGUAAAGAGUACCCCGUGGUUCCCCGGAGCACGGUGCGGCAGAAGGUGGCCUCCAACCACAGCCCGUUCAGCAGUGAGCCCCGGGCUCUCUCUGCCUCCUCCAACUUGGGGUCCCAGUACCAGUGUGAGAACGGGGUCUCCGGCCCCUCGACGGACCUUCUGCCCCCUCCCAACCCGUACCCCCUGGCCCAGGAGCACGGCCAGAUUUAUCACUGCACCAAGCGGAAAGAUGAAGAGUGCUCCACCACAGAGCAUCCAUAUAAGAAACCCUACAUGGAGACCUCCCCCAGUGAGGAGGACCCCUUCUACCGCCCCAGCUACCCCCAGCAGCAGGCCCUGAGCGCCUCCUACAGGACAGAAUCGGCCCAGCGGCAGGCCUGCAUGUACGCCAGCUCGGCGCCCCCCAGCGAGCCGGUGCCCAGCCUGGAGGAUAUCAGUUGCAACACGUGGCCCAGCAUGCCUUCCUAUAGCAGCUGCACGGUCACCACCGUGCAGCCCAUGGACAGGUUGCCCUACCAGCACUUCUCCGCUCACUUCACCUCGGGGCCCCUGGUCCCCCGGCUGGCUGGCAUGGCCAGCCACGGCUCGGCACAGCUCGGAGAGGGAAUGUUCCAGCACCAGACCUCCGUGGCUCACCAGCCUGUGGUCAGGCAAUGUGGGCCCCAGACUGGCCUGCAGUCCCCCGGGAGUGUUCAGCCCCCUGACUUCCUCUACUCUCACGGCGUGCCUAGGACCCUGUCCCCACACCAGUACCACUCUGUGCACGGGGUUGGUAUGGUGCCAGACUGGAGUGAGAACAGCUAAGGUGGAGCCUGCGUCGUCACAGACAUUCACCAGAGAAUGAGAGAGAGAGAGGGAGAGAGAGAGGGAGAGGGAGAGAGAGAGAACCCCGUGGACCAGAGUUUCACCCUGUGAUGGCCUCCAGCACUCAGCGGUUCACAGCGCCGUUGGAACCACGUGACUUCAUUGCUUUGUCUCAAAACUUCACGAAUGAGCAGAAUCAGCCAAGUCCUGCCCCCCACGGCCACCACGCUCAUCAGGCAGACCCCGGGGCCCCCAGCCAACACCUUGCCUGCCCCGUCAGCUGUCUUCUCCCAGCACGUGGUGGGCGUCUCCCUGUCUUGGUAUUAAUGUUGACUGUGUUAUAUAAUAAAUCAUAAUAUAUUUUUUUCUUUCAAUUUUCUUGACGGGACCCAGUCCCUUAUUGGUGGCGGGGGUGGGGGGAGGUCUGAGGCAAGUAGGGUUCAAAAUAUGUACUUGUGGGGUUCCCCUCGUCCGUCCCUAAGAGCGGCCGCCGCCACCCUUCCCUCCUCCACCAGGAAGAGCACCUACCUCCACCGGGAGAUGUUUCUGGAAAGGUUCCUGCCGUCUUCUGCUCUCGCCCUGCACUCUCCAUCACCGUGGCGCCCAGUCGCGGCCCCUCUGCCGGAGCCAGGAUAACGUGGGGCCCCAUCUGACAGCCUAUCUCCCCCAGCCCCGCCGGCUUCCCAGCUCCCGGUCUGUGCAGCCGUCUGUCGCUCCAACGUGGCCUAUAGCUUCCCGUCCGGAAAGGUUGCUUUGAACAACUUAAAAAGCCCCGGUGUGCAUGUGGGGCCAAACUGUGAUAAGCAGGGCACAAGCUCUGUCGCUGACAAGAGUUGUGAAAAAAAAAAAAAAAAAAGCCCAAAGAAAUAUUCUUCCUGAUAAAAAACAAAGCCAGCUCCAAGCUUCCAGACCUCCGUCGCCGAUGACCCAAAUGGGAUGCAAAGCAAAACCCACGCUUGCUAGAGAAGAGACCUGCUCACCGCUGACUGCUCCAGCACCCGAUGCCGACACAGAACUGUGCUUACGGAAGGCAGAAAACAGUGCUAAAAAAACAAAAGGCCGUGUAAGUAAAACGUUAUUGUAGGGUUCUUCAGAUGUAAUAUUUUACUGGUACUAUUUAUUUAUAAAUAGGAAUUCUAAUUAAGUAAUAACAUGGAAUGCAAACCAGCAUGGGAGCUGGCCAAGAGCUUUUAAUUUUAUUGAUACUCAAAACCAAGUUUGUGUGUUUUUUUUUUCCUCCUGAAUGUGCUUUGCUUUCUUGAUUACAAAAAAACAAAAAACAAAAAACAAAAAAACAACCAGUAAGUGACCCUAAGGAAGAGAACAGGGUAAUGUUUGAGGCUGAGAAUGUCCGAGUCCGUGCAAGUGUGCGUGUGUCUGUACGUGGGUGUCUUUCGCGGUUCUGUCUUCGUGUUGCUAAGGGGGGGAGGGGCAGGAUUACGUACUUGUUCCUUAUAUUUGUGUGCCAGUUAAUGCCUAAUAAAAACCAUGUGCUUAAAAACGUCCGAGCGACUUAAA